AUGGCACCCUCCGCAGCUCAGACCACGGAAGGUCUGCAUACGCCUAUCGAUCUCAAAGCCAUCCCCCCUUUCUGGCGACGCAAAAAUGGCAUCCUCCUCUAUUUCCUCCUCACGUCGUCCCUUCUAGCUACUGCAGCACUUGGCAUUGAUGGGUCCAUGACCAACGGUAUGCAGGUCCUGCCGACUUGGCAAGACACAUUCGGCCACCCUACGGGUUCAACUCUUGGCUUUUUCGGAGCUUCCAACGCCAUUGGCGGGGUGAUUCCGUUCAUCUUCCUCGGAUGGAUUGGCGACGUCCUUGGCCGAAGAGUUCCUACAGCCAUUGGGUCAAUCAUCAUCAUUGCCGGUGCGCUCGUCGAAUUCUUCGCCACCUCGCUUAACAUGUACAUUGGCGGCAAGAUUGUGCUCGGUAUCGGCUCUUCUCUGAUCCAAAUGGGUGCGCCGGUGCUCGUUACUGAGCUGAGUCACCCGAAGGAACGAGUUCAGGUCACAACAUUCUACAACACCUCGAUAGUUCUCGGAUAUGUGAUUGGCGCUUGGGCGACAUAUGGCUGUUUUAAGAUAGAGGGAGAGUGGUCUUGGCGACUGCCUACUCUUAUUCAGGUCGUUCCGUCCGCUUACCAGCUCGCAUUGAUCUUCUUCUGUCCCGAAUCCCCCAGAUGGCUCAUUGCCAAUGGCAAGGCCGACAAAGCAAGAGAUAUUCUGGUGAAAUAUCAUGGCGAAUGCGACCCGAAUUCAGAACUCGUCAACUUUGAGUUCGCCGAGAUCCAGCAGGUCAUCGAGGACGAGAAGCUCCAAAACAUCACGUGGAAGGCUUUCUUCUCAUCUGUUCCCAAUCUCAAACGAAUCGCGCUCUGUUUCGCAACAGCUGUCUUCAGUCAGAGCUCCGGAAACCUACUCGUCUCCAACUACCUCACACAGAUCCUCAAGGACACCGGCAUCAACAACGACUCAGACAUCACCCUCAUCAACGGCAUGGUUACAAUCUGGCAGUAUCUCAUCGCCCUAACCGUCACCGCCCUUAUCGAUAGAUUCAAACGUCGUACUUUCUUUCUCGUCGGCUCGGGUGGUACUCUCGUCGUCUUUGUUGUGUGGACAAUCGCAGCCCAGCAGUACCUCGAGCGUGACUCUCUCGCCGCUGGCCGUCUCGUCCUCGCAUGCAUCUUCCUCUUCCAGGCCUUCUACACGUGUGCGUGGACCAACUUGAUCGUCACGUACCCGCUUGAGAUUGUCACCUAUCAGAUGCGUGCCAAGACGUGGGCUUUUGUCCUUCUCACAAUCCAGGUUGCUUCCAUUUUCGGAGGGUAUGUCAAUCCAAUUGGACUCGAGAAUAUUGGCUGGAAGUUCUACAUCUACUACUGCGUCUGGGUCGCUUUCGUAUUCGUCAUUGUUUUCUUCUUUUUUGUUGAGACGUCUGGGCCUACGCUGGAGGAACUUGCCUACCUUUUUGAAGGGGAGAGUGCAAAACAGCAGAUGGUGCAGAAGAUUCAGGAAGUCAAGGAGGAGCAGGUUCGAGAGCAUCUGGAGGAGAAGAAUGUAUGA